GCACUGCUGACAACUUGGAUACUAACGGGAGGGAACGUAUCGGAGUCUUCGGUGCUUGCUUUUUGACAACUAUCGGAUUUACACUUUUACUGAUUUCUGUAAAAAAUAAUACCCAACUUAAACGAACACAUUUAAACGAUGGACAUCGAAGCAGGCAUCAGACUAGAGAGCCAGAUCCAAAUAGAGUCUGACCAGCACAGCCCUGUCCCUCCCACACCUGGAACCCCUGUGCAGAGCUCAUCCUUGGACUUGAUUGAUACUGGGAAAGGUCUGAAGGUACAGCCAGCCACACCCCAUUUGGUCAGCCUGGGAAGUGGCCGUCUCAGUGUGGCAAUCACCCUGCUGCCACUCAAUGAAGGGACAACCCGAAUUGGGAGAGAGGAUGCACCAAUACCCCAGGACAUAACCAUAGAAGGUCCUGGGAUUGAGGCAGAGCAUUGCCGAAUUGAGAACCAUGGAGGAGUCAUCACCCUGGACCCCUGUGGAAACCUGUGUGCCCUUGAUGGUGUUCCAAUCACUAAAGCCACCCUGCUGACCCAAGGUUACACAGUCUGUCUGGGUAAAUCCUACUUCUUCCGCUUCAACCAUCCUGAGGAGGCCAGACGAAUGAAGAGCAUGCUGCCGCAGAAGAGCCCUGUGUCGUCCAUCGGAUAUGGAUCAGACAGUCUGAAGUUUGACUACCGUGAGAGAGCAGGUGUGUCCAGUACACAGUCAGCGCGGGGGGUACGGUCGGGGGCAGAACUCCAGGAGUUGAUGGACACGUUGCAGCGCAGGAAGUUGGCGUUGGAGUCGACCCUACGAGCCAAUGGCAGUUGUGGCCCCUCCUACCUCAGCAUGUCCCAGUCCCCGCCUAUCAGCCCCAACCCCCUGUCCUCCACACUUGGUUACCAGGAGCAGAGCUGGAGGCACUGCAGCAGCGACCGCCCGCCUAUUUCCCUCAAGGUGUCCUCCUAUCUGCCCCCAUCGCCCCGGCACAGUGCCACUGAUGCCCGACAGAGGGACAGGGACCGCCCCCUCAGCCCCACCCACCUGCUCCCCUAUCCCCGCUCCGGCUCCCGGAACUGGUCCCAGGACAGCCUGUUCCUGUCAGCGUCAGCUGAUGGGCGGCGCCUUCCGGGAGGCGGGUCCCUGCUCUCCAUGUGGAACGGCUCCUCCAUGACCGACAACCUCCCCCCGACACCCAGGGGCAACACCGGGCCGGCCAGCAUGCCCUCCAGCCCCCGGCUGGCACGGAGGCUCCUUUUCCAGGAAUCCGGGCGUGGGGUGCGGGACGGGGACGAAGCCCUGGACCCGGGGCCCAGGCAGAGGAAGUACUCGGCGGGGUCCCUCACCGGCAUGGGAGCCUACAGCCGCUCGCUGCCCCGCCUCUACAAAUCGGCCGACAGCCAGCCCCUCUCCCUUCCCCCCCGCCGCUCCCUGGGCACCCACAACGGGGACACGGCCUCCGUCCCGCUGUCCUCAAAAUCCAGGCGAAGCCUGUCCUCCCUGGAGCACCCGCCGGACGUCACGGUCCCCGCCAGCGUCCCCACCAGCCCCCGCGCCGCUGCCAAGGCCGGCCUCUUCUCCUCGGGGUCCCACUCGGACCUGGAGCGCAGCGGCCUGCGCAGCCCCUCGCCUUCCCUGGACCUGGGCCUGGGGGAGCGGAGGCUGUCCUUCGGCAAGGCGGGGGUGGGGCUGGGCGGCCUCAGGGAACGGCGGGGCAGCAUCAGCUCUCUCAGCGGGAAGGAGGAGCUGAGAGACUACCACCAGCGUCAGAGAGAUGAGAGGCUGCGUGAGCAGGAGGUCGAGAAGCUGGAGCGUCAGCGUUUGGAGACGAUCCUCAGCCUGUGCUCGGAGCUGGGCCGCCCGGAGAGGGAGCAGGCCGGGUCCACUGUGGCGGACCUGCAGCACAUCAACAAGGAGCUGGAGAAGCUGCAGGUGUCCGACGACGAGUCUGUGUUCUCCGAAGUGCCGGGCACCUCGCCGGAGAACGGCUACGAGGCCAAGCGGCAGGUCCGCCAGCGCAGGCACAGCGGCCACCGGGAGGCCAGGGCCCCGUCGCCCUCCGUCAGCCUCCGGGCCUCCGCCCCGUCCCCCUCCCCGCGCCUCAUCAGAACGCAGCAGGUGUCAGAAGUGUCAGAGGAUGGGCAGCUGAAGCAGGAGGUCACCCGUAUUGAGGAAGAGAGGAUCCAGGUGCUAAACAACAUGGAGGAGCUGGAACAGAAGAUCAAAGACUUGGAUAACCAGAUGGAAGAGUCCAUCCGUGAGAUGGAGGUUGAGCGUGCCCUUCUAGAAGGAGAGCAGGAUGCUGAGGUGGCCCAGUUGCAGCAGGAGAAGGAGGUCCUUGAUCAGCUGAAGGAGAAGAUGACAGAAAUGGAGAAGAAUGUACAGGAGAAAAAGUCCCAGGAGAAAGCACAGCUCGAUGCUGAAAGAGAAAAGGUAGAGAGGCUGGCAGAGCAGGUCUCUGAACAGAAGACCCAGCUGGACACCUGUCCCGAGGCACUCAAGGAGCAGCUCCAGCAGCAACUGUCCAGGGAUACAGACACCCUGGAGGUGGAGAAGAAACGGUUUGAGGAUCUGGAAUUCCAAAAGCUGGAGCAGGAGAGCCAUCAGGACGAGGAGAAGGAGACGAUGACACAGCAGCUGCUCAAAGAGAUCGCGGAGUACCAGCGCAGCACCGUCACACGCAAGGAGAGACUUAUGACCCUUAAGAAACAAUCCACCCAGAUUAGCCAGCAAUCUCAAAGGGAGAAAGACAGCUUCCUGAAGGAGAGGAGCAACCUGCUGAUGAUGCUGCAGCGGGAGAAAGAGAACCUGGAGGCUCUGGAAAAGAAGUACACAGACCUCACCGGGGGGCAAAGCUUCCCAAACAACCCCAUCAGCAUGAAAGAGCACUUCCGAACCCUGGAGGAAAGGAAGAGGUCAGGGAAGGAGGAGGGGUCCCAGAUGAGUGACACGCUGCCUCGCAAGAAGAUCCAGCCAUCUGCCUCGCCCCAUUUCAGCAACGCCACUCUGGGGCGCAGCAUCACCCCCAAAGUCCACAUGCCCCUAUCUCAGAGCUCAAGCUGUGGAAGCGUCCUGCCCCGUGCCCUCACUAUAUCCCCCAAGGAUCUGGACCACCGACACAUGCACAAGGGCUAUACACAGCUCUACCUGAAUGAGGAGCUCAGGCAGAGGCAGAGACUAAGCGAUCUGAGCAGCAGGACUGUCUCCGAAUCCAAUGUUUACCUGGAUUCACUGCACUGCCGGGACAAUGGACAUGCCUUUGACACCCUGAGCAUGGAUAGCUCUGACAGCAUGGAGACCAGCAUCUCUGCCUGCUCUCCUGACAAUGUGUCCAGUGCCAGCAUGUCCAACAUGAUCAAGAUGGAGGAGAUGGAGAGGCUGCUGAGGGAAGCCCAGGCCGAGAAGCACCGGCUCCUCGAGCACCGGGAGCGUGAGAUGGAAGUGCGCAGGCAGGCGCUGGAGGAGGAGCGGAGGCGCAGGGAGGACUUGGAGAAACGUCUGCAGGAGGAGACCAGCAGGAGGCAGAAACUCAUCGAGAGAGAAGUGAAGCUUCGCGAGAAACAGAGAGCUCAGUCCCGGCCACUGACCCGGUACCUCCCGGUCAGGAAGGACGACUUUGACCUUCGCGCUCACAUCGAGUCUGCCGGACACAAUACAGACACGUGCUACCACGUUUCACUGACUGAGAAGACCUGCCGUGGUUUCCUAGUCAAGAUGGGUGGCAAGAUCAAGACCUGGAAGAAGCGUUGGUUUGUCUUUGAUCGCAACCGCCGGACCCUGUCUUAUUACUCAGAUAAGCAUGAGGCCAAGAUGAAGGGAGUCAUCUACUUCCAAGCUAUCGAAGAAGUGUAUUACGACCACUUAAAGAACGCUCACAAGAGCCCCAACCCAUCCCUGACAUUCAGCGUGAAGACGCACGACCGUGUUUAUUACAUGGUGGCCCCGUCUCCUGAAGCCAUGCGCAUCUGGAUGGACGUGAUUGUGACUGGGGCCGAGGGGUACACCCAUUUUCUGGUGUAAGCUUUCCUAGUCGCUGUUUACUCUCUGGACCGCCACUCACCAGAGAGGAAGUUUCGCAGUGCCCCAAAAGUAAUGGAUGACCAUCUCAAUACUGGGCACAACCUUUGCUUGUGACCUCUUUUUGAUAUUUUUUUUUUCUUUGAUGUUAUCCAUGAUGUUAUUCUAGUGCCUUAUCUCCUUUGUUAGAAUUAUUAUGUGCUUUGAGGAUCCGUGCCAAAGCAGAUGGGGUGUUCUGAAACUUUCAGAACAUUUUCACCUCAGAACAAAGAGACUGAAUCAUGUUGUCAUGUGCUAUGCCCUCAGUGAAAAAGAAUGGUGCCAGCGACAGACUGUGAUGCCACUGGGUUUAAAGAAGGAUUAUUGCACACCCUGGAUGUGUUUGAUCACACAUGUUGGUUAAUUUUGUAUAGCCGCAGUGAUGAUGAUUAUUAAUGUGUGUGUACGGACAGGAGCGUCACCACUGUGACAUGAACCGGUCCUUUUUGUUGAUGUGACUCAUUUCAUGUUUAACAGGAAGUGAGGAAUGAGUCAUCAUCGCAGUAGAACGCUCUUUAUAAAAGUGCUUUAUCUUCCUGUAAGUGAUAACUGAGUUGUGUGUUUGUGGUGGAUUGUGUAUGCCACAGUAAAUGUUUUUCACAAGCACAAUAAUAGCAUUUUGAGGACUAGACUUGCACAGAAAAAGAUGCCCAUUGCACAUUGUUUUAACAGUCCCUCUAUCAGUGCUUUGGGUACCAGUGGCCAUAUCUUUUCCUUUUUGCUCAAUAUGUCGCACUGUUUGCAUUACUGAACAGAACAGUGUUGACAGUAGUAUUGAAUGCUGUUUUCAUCUAUGAAUAUCUCUCGUACGACUUUUCUGCAGUGUAAUGCUGUUGUAUUUUUGUAUACAAUAGUUUUUCGACAGUAGAUUCUACUCUUAUCAAUUUCAAUAGUAACUGAAGGCUCUCCCAUGAGCUGCUGGCAGGAAUAAUGAACUAUCUGCCAAGAGGGAAAGCGCGUGUGUGUGUGUGUGUGUGUGUGUGCGUGCGCGCGCGUGCAUGUGUGUGUGCUUGUGCAUGCGAGAGAGAGCGAGUGAGAGAGAGAGAGAGAGGUGUGUUUGUGUGUCUUUACAUCUAAGAUACCUAUUAUUGAACCCUGUGGGGGGGUGUGUGUGUGUGUUUGUGUGCGCGCAUGCGUGUGUGUUUGUGCGCGCGCAUGCGUGUGUGUUUGUGCAUGUGCAUGCGUGUGUGUGUGUGUUUGUGCGUGCAAGAGAGAGAAAGAGAGAGAGAGAGAGGUGUGUGUUUGUGUGUCUAUACAUCUAAGUUACCUUUUAUUGAACCCCGUGGGGUAAUUUGUCCUCUGCAUUUGACCCAUCCUAGUUACUUAGGAGCAGUGGGCCGCCGCAGUGCCCAGGGACCAACUCCAGUUCUGAAACCAGUGCCUUGAUCGAGGGUAAUAGCAGGAGUAUACCUAACCUGACAUAUCUAUACACAGGAAUUGUCUCCUGUACUUUUACCAUGUCUUAGGAUUCUCCAUAUUUUUAUAUAUAAACCAUAUAAUUUCAUAUACCUCUAUAAUAACCAGGUAAUGUUAGUAGAAUAUUUGUAAAUGUCAGUUUUAUAUAUUGACAUAAUGAAAUGGAAAAUAUUUAAAUUUUCUUAAAUCUUGCCUUAAAUGUCUGAUGUAUAGACAUUCCUCCCUGUUAUCCCAGAGUGAGUUUAAACACAAUGGUGGAAGGGAUGUUUGGUUAGGAAAAUUCUGACUGUGGGUUCAAUGGUACGUCAAGCUAGUGUAUACACUACAGUCUGACCAGCGAUUGGUGGUUUGUUCCAUCUCAGUGUCAUCUUAAUACGAGAAUUACACACUGUCAUUGCUAUCUUCAUUCUUGCUCAGGGGUGGAUAACCUGGAGGGCCAGUGUGUAUGCUGGUUUUUGUUUACCAAAUUAGGCACAGGUACCAACUCUGGUUCACUUGUAGAAGACACAGUCUUCAACUGUCAAUCCCUGAGCUUACAAAUGCUCAUUUAAAUUGUCAGACCAUGUAAAUGUCUGGGCUUUUUAUAAUAAUUUUUGCAUGAAAUCCAGAAGCUGGUAUGGCCCUCUUGUUCCACCCCUCAUCCAGCUCAUUUUAAAAUCUCAGUCCAUUGCCCUGUGAUUGUAUUCAUUCAGUCUUAAUGUGCUCUGUUGAAAACUUGCUAAUAGCCACCAACAGAGUUUCCAGUUUGAUGAUGAUGAUGAUGGUGAUGAUAAGGAUAAGGAUGAUGAUAAGAGUAAGGUUGCAUUGUGUAUGCUUGUAACCAGGCAGCACAGGGCUAAUCUCUCUGCCUAAGCAGCUGUGUGCUGGAGAGAGAUCAUAUUUUGCUCCUGCUCCUGCCCCUGAAUAUGAUCUGUGAAGAUGGUUCUGGCUGCACAUGUCUCUUUCAUAUCAUCAGUAUUGAAAAUGUUAUUUUACUAUUUGAAAACCUUUUAAAAUGAAAUUAUUGGCUUUUAUUACUGUAUUUAUGCUGUUUAUCUUGCAUGUUUUUGUAAUUAUUUUUUUAUAAUUUGAUACAGAACAUUUUCACACAGCAAAAUCAACUUCAAUGGUGUAAAAUCAACACAAAUAGACUGAAGACUAAAAAACAUAUUGUCCCUAUUGUUGAUUUCACUCUGAUAGAGUUGAUUAUACACUAAAAAUUCACCACCGCAGCAAAAUUUACAUGUUCCUUUCAGUGGGUUAUUCUGUUUUAUGUCCUCAAUAACCCCCAUAUGAAGGCACUAAGGUGUUAAAAUGUUUGUAAUACAGUAAUACAUCAAUAAAUGAGGUAUAAUUUUA